UCACCCCUUCCUGCGUUUCGUCACCAAACACCGACUCGAUGCAGCCAAUCACUGUUGAGAGCGCGUUGAUCGAGAAACUGAAAAUGGCGGAAAGCAGCACAGAAAUCACAUUCAAAAAGAAUACGGUAAGCAAACUCCUGUUAAACUUCUUCAAGGAGGAGAAAACAAAAGUAAGUUCAGAUGCGGUGUUGCUUAUGGCGGAGAUGCUGUAUGUGUUUGUUGAAGAAGCUGCACAAAGAACAAUAAAACAGGCUGUAGCAGAGGACUGUGACAAAAUGGACAUAGAACAUUUUGAGAAGAUCCUACCUCAACUGCUUUUGGAUUUCUAGUGGCCAGAAGAUGGAACCAGAGAGCUGUCCUGUCCUCUGUUCAGCCCAUGUAUAUCAUUGUAUUGUACUUAUUUUUCUUGACUUACAUUAAACACUCUCAAAUGGG